AUGGUGUCUCAUACCACUAGUGCACACAUUGAAAAACCCACAGAGUUAGAGAUGCCAGCAGUGGACAGUUUAGAGGUACAUACUGAGAAACUGAUAGUGAAUACUGAGACAACAUCAGAGAAACUGGCAGUAGAAAGCACAGAGAAACAAACUGAGGUACACAUUGAGAAACGGGAAGAGAAAAAGGUUGAGGUAGAUGUUUCGGGAAAGGCACUUGAAUUACUUGAUCAUAAUACAUCGGUGGACUCACUAUUAUGCGAUGAUGACAUCGCAUAUUCCAUAGACCCUAUCGUUGAGGCUUCAAUUCCUACUAAGGAACCGAUAGUUAUAGAGACUGCACCAAGUGGUGAAGCCACUGAUGCAAGUGAGGAAUCUAUUAAGGAUGAAUCAUUAGAGGAGAAGAAAGGGGAAUCCGUCAGGGAACCGAUAGUUGAGGUUUUAGUUUCUACAGAGGAACCAAUAGUUACAAAGACUACACCAAGUGACGAAUCCACUAAUGCAAGUGAGGAAUCUAUUAAGGAUAAAUCACCAGAAGAGAAUAAAGGGGAAUCUGGCAGGGAAUCGGUAGCAGGCGGUGAGAGUGAAAAAGGGGAUGUUCGUAGCAAGCAUGAGGUGAGCAUAGAGCAGGAGGGUGGACGGCAACGUGAUUCUGUUAGCGCUCAUGAAGAGGAACAAGGAGGAGGGGCGAGUAAUAAGGAGAUUUUAAGUGACAGUGCAGGCCAUGGUGAGGAGGUUCUGGCAUCGAAGGCUAAUCAUGAAACAAAUGUGCCAGUGAAUGAGGCUACAUCUGUUUCAUUGGGGAAACAAAAAAAGAAGAAUGCUAUAGAAAAAACAAGGCUGACUUCAGAUCCUCAAACAAAUGAGGGUGCAAUUGUUUUGUCGGGGAAGCAAAAAAAGAAGAAUGCUACGGAAAAAACAAGGCGGACUUCACAUCCUAAAACAAAUGUUGUUCCCAAAAAACCAAGUCCAAAAUAUGAGACAUCUGUUAGGAGGAAGAAGCUAAAGGAGACAACGAUUGAAAAACCGAGUGCAUGCAGUGGUCAGAUGAUUGCAGAGCACUCUCCUGAACUAGGGCAGAGUAACUCUCGUUUUAUGCAGUCGACCAUGGUAUUGGACGAGAAAAUUGAGAAGUCUAUUUCGAGGGAGAAGCUGAAGAAGAUGGUGAAUGGAAAUUUGAGUGCAUGCAAUGGUGAGAAGAUUGUAGAGGAGUCUACUCAAUUGGGGUAG